CCAUCAGUGGUAGCGAGGGCGCCACAUCGAUGGGAACCAUGACCGUAAAGCCACAGGACACCGCGAUGGCUUUAGGUGCAGCUUUGGGCUGUGACACUAGCAACACCGCCGCAAUGGUGGAGUGCAUACGCAGUAAGGACACGAACACCGUCUACUCUGCUUCAAGGUCCAGGGACAUCUCGGCCCCACCAGAUUCUAUUUACAAGUUUGUGCCAACCGUAGACGGCGUCUUCCUUCCUAAGACUCCUCAAGAGCUGCUCCUCGAAGGAAAUUUUGAGAGGCGGGACUACAUGUUGGGUAUUGUCAGCAGUGAGGGUUCGGUGUUGGGCACCUCCACACUCAACUCCAUUCACACUCAAGCGGACUUCGAAGCCGUGGCAGCUGACAAACUAAGAAUUUUCGAAGAGAAUGCUGCACGGGUGACCCAGACCGUGGUUAGCGAGUACGGUUCGGACGGUCACGGUAACCACGGCAUUUCUUACGCCGAGCGCGCCGCCAGGUUCUACGGUGACUGGCGGUUCGCCGUCCCGCCUAUUGAGGACGCCGCGGACUACUCCCGCUACCACGGGGGCACCUACUUCUACUACUUCGCCCCCCGGCCGUCCUUCUCCAGCAGACCCUCCUACAUCCAGGCGGCACAUGGGGACGAGAAGUACUUCCUGUUUGGGCCGGAGUAUAACGGAAAGACCGUGACGUCAGUGGAGGUGGAGCUCAGUACCCGGAUGAUGGUAUACUUUUCGAAUUUCAUGAAGACUGGAAACCCCAAUCGCCCAAACGCCGUACCGGUGACAUGGCCAGCCUACGACGAACUUGGCCGCCAAUAUCUGCAACUCGGCGGCAUGUCGCUCAGCAGUGUCACGUCCGACUUGUAUCCUAGACAGAGGUUCUUCUUGGGUCAAGUCAUCCCUGCCAUGAUUUCGCACAGUCACAAGGCAGCACCCGCCAUGACGCCAACGAAAGAACCUGCGACGACUGUUGACAGCCAUAGGAGUACCACGCCACCUGGCGGAAUUGCAGCGCUACUGCAGCAGCUCCAAGGGACCCAGUAUGCGUUGGUUGGCAUUAUCAUCGCCUUGGUUAUGGUUUUGUCCGGGUUAGUGUGUAUUGUAGGCAGGCGACUCGGAACCACAAAGAAGCUCGUCACAAAGUCGAGUGAUGAGAAGACAAUGUCUUACCACAAUGGAAAUAUUGACACCUCACUUUGAAGCCAUAUAAUAGGCUCGUUCACACUUACGAAUACGCAUACGCGGCGACAGGAUACGUAGGUAACAUUUCAAAGGUGAAAACCCUUUAGAUAUAAACAGAACACGUCUGGACAAUGUUCUGUAAAUCGUGACAAUGGUUAUAAGGAGAACUGUUUACAAGUCAGGGGCCUUCACCUUUGACAUAUUACCCACAAUUCCUGUCACCGCAUGCGUACUAGGAAUGCAUAGUUGAUGUAUUAUGGGUAAUAUGUCAAAGGUGAAUGCCCUUGAUACCUAAACAAAAUAUCUCUAGGGAUGUUAUGAAACACGGACUAGACAAGAACUGUUUAAAAAUAAGGGGCCUUCACCCUUUGACCCCGCGCUUCCGCAGUUCAAAUUGUGAACAUUUUCUGUAGAAUUUGGUCACAUCGUAAGCCACUGACCUGAUGUUCCAAAAAUACAUUUUUUUUCAAGGCUUUAUUCGUAAAACAAACAGUACAUUUGUAAAAAAAAACAGAGUAUCUAAGCUACUAUUGUACAUGGAGUAAUUCGAAGUACUAGUGUCCACUGUCGUAUAAGUAAGAGUACCUUUCUUUGGCACAAAUGGUAAAGCGCAUGGAAAAGGAAUCUUCGUCUAUAUAAGCAGUUCUCUCAUGUACUUAUACAGUAACAGGUUAUAUGUAUGACCACUAUACACCACAUGAUUGCCACAAUUGUCAUGGAAUAAUUAAUAGGAAUACAUUUGCUAUGUACGUGCAAUAGAAAUGUAGUGAUUGAAAUGGUAGUACGCUGACAUUCAUAGAAAUUCCUUCUUCUCAAUUUUGUUCAUUCAGAUCAGACAGUAGAAAUAAGUAUAUGUUUUAUUUCCCUUAGUCGUUAUUUUGUCUAAAAUUAUCCUUUCAAACAGAUUUGUGAUUAAAUAACCACUCAAUAAUA